AUUCUUUCCUUACUUCCUUUUUUUUUUUUUAAAUUAAUUUUGUUGAUAAAGAAAUAAACUCUUCAUCUUCGUCUUCGUCUUCGUCUUCUUCUUCAAAUUCACUUCAAUUUGGUGACAGUCUCAUCUCUGUUUUCUCGAGAGUUUAUUGGGGGACAUGGUUGCGGUUUAUUCUUCUUUUCUUAGCCAUGGUAGUUCUUAUUCUAGUAGAAGGAAGAAAGUUUCAGCUUUGGAACCAAAUCGUUUUGGUUCAAUGUGUAUUGGAGUUUACAGUGACGAUGUUUCAACCUCUGCAAGGGAAUUAGCUCAAGAUUACUCUUGUGAGAGCUGUGGUGAUUUGGUUACUGUGUCUUCCGCUUGUUGCGAUUUUGAUGCACUGUGUGGUAUGGAUUCAGCUUUGGAUAUGAGUUGUAAGUCCAAUGGAGACUGCCGUGAGGGUCAGGAGGCUUCUGGUAGUGGUACAGCUUCAGGUCAAGACAAGAGUCUUCCGGGAUAUACUAUGUAUGCGAGCGGUUGGAUGUACGGUAAUCAGCAAGGCCAGAUGUGUGGACCUUAUACGCAACAGCAACUAUAUGAUGGGCUAUCCACUGGUUUUUUACCUGAGGAUCUUCUUGUAUAUCCAAUUGUCAAUGGCUAUCCUGCAAAUUCUGUACCUCUUAAGUACUUCAAGCAGUUUCCGGAUCAUGUCGCUACUGGCUUUGCAUAUCUACAAAAUGGAAUGAUAAAUGUAGCCCCACCUGUUAGUUCAUUUCCCGUUUCUAGUAACAAUGCCACAAAUCAUCAAGAUAAGACUCAAACACAGCAUGCAACUUCUGCUGCUCAUUUGAUUUCCCAUCAGACGUUGCCUCCACAGAGUAGUUCUACUGGUUGUGUCUCGGAUCAGCUAAAAUUAAAUCAGGAGGAAUCAGAUAUGUUAGCUUCAUUCCUCUCAUUGGGAAACGAACAUGCUUGCUGGUUUCUGGUGGAUGAUCAGGCUAGAAAUCAUGGACCACAUUCUAUAUUGGAGCUCUAUAAUUGGCAGCAGAAUGGAUAUGUUUCAGAUGCAGCCCUGAUACGUGAUGGUGAAAAUAAGCUUAGACCAACCACAUUAGCAUCAUUAAUUGGUGUAUGGAGGAUGAAAUGUAGUGGUACCAAUUGUGAUGAGUCAGUGUCUGGCGUGAGCAUCAUAUCCGAAGUUUCUGAAGAUCUCUCUGUUCAGCUUCAGAGAGGAAUAGUGAAUACAGCUAGAAGAGCUCUGCUUGAUGAAAUCAUUAGCAGCGUAAUUUCAGACUUUCUUAAGGCCAAGAAGAGUGAUGAGCAUCUCAAUUCUUAUCGACCCAGUUCUGCUGCCCAUGUUGAAUCCACAUUGUCUCAAGUUAGCAAUGGGGAGAAAAGUAUUGUCUCGACCUCUGAAACAACAGGCUGUAAGAACAUAUUAAAUGAGUGGGGUCAUAGUAGUAUAGCGGCAGACUCGCUCAAAUAUACUAAAUCUGUUGGUAGCAUUGAGAACUUUCAGACAUCUUGCUCAGCUGUAUGUAGAAUGCUUCACAACCAUUGCAUGCAAAUCAUGUGGAAUGCUGUCUUUUAUGAUACUGUGGCAACUCAUUCAUCAUCUUGGAGAAAGAACAAACUUUGGUUUCGGUCUCCUGUUAUUUCAACUGUUAAAUAUUUCAAGGGUUCCCAGACAAAGUAUUCAGACAAACCUGAAGCAAUUGAGACUUUUACUCGUAGGGUGGAUUCCUCUUCCUCCAAAACUGCUUACUUUAAUGAACUUGACUCUAACAAUGCAGCCAGUGUUCAUGGAGUCUCAUCUAGAAUAGUAACCUUAUCAGAUAGUAAUGGGAUGGAAAGCAUCAUAGCAAGCAUAUCAGAACAUGUUGAAAGUGAACUCUUUCUGUCUCUUAAAGCUCACCUGACUGAUUACACUGGCAUUCUCAUUGAAAAUGGAACAAAUACUUCUGUACAAGAUGGCAAAAUUAAUGAGGAAAACCCGUCAUCUGGUCAUGGUUCCUUCCGGGCUGGUGGAAAGAAGAAUGGCUUAAAUGUGGUUCCUGCGAGGUUGCGUUUUUCCAAUGAUAUCAGUGGCUCUCAGAGAUUGUCGCAAAAGGGAGAAUCCUCUAAGCAAAUCAUAUCUGAAGAUAGUAUUGCUAAUAUUUUUCGUACAACAUUGGAGACGUCGGGCAGUCCUGUUAAUGAUGAACUUGAUCCUCUGGAUAUUCAUGAGCCACCACCACCUGGAUGUGAAAGCAACAUUAAUAUGCCAUCUCUGUGCCACAAGUUUCGGCCUGUAAGGUCCAAGGAAUCUAUUCCUGAGAUCAAAGAGUAUGUUGCAACAGCUUUAUGUAGACAGAAGCUGCACAAUGAUGUUAUAAGAGAUUGGAAAUCACUGUUCAUGAAGUUUUAUCUUAACGAAUUCCUUGCUUCCCGGAAAGGAAGCCAUCCACUUUCUCGUACAAAACCAUUGGCACUGAAGAAGCGCAAAACUGUUACUCGUAACAAAAAACUAUUACAGUCUAAUAUAUCAAAUGGGACAGCAGAAAAGCCGAGGAAACAAUGUGUCAGUUCGUCUGAGAAAAUUCUGGUUAAACGAUCUAGGAAGCUGUCAGAUUCGCAUUCCAUGAAAGAAGCCCUUAAGGUUGAUACAGCCAGUACAGAUUUGUCAGUUCGGAAACCUAGUCAACCGAAGAUAAGAAAUGACCGGCGGGAUCAUUGUAUCAUUAAGGAUGCUACGAAGUUUGGUAAAGAAAAGGUUGGUGAAGAUGCUUUUAGUAACGUGAACUGUGAUAAAAGCCAAGAUCUUGAAACGGCAGAUGAAUUUGAUGAUGAACUCCUUAUAACAAGACUAAGAAGGAUAUCUAGGAAUAAAACAAAAGAGUUAAGAGGAAAUCCUGCAAAAUCCUGUGAGGAGAUUUCAAUGUCUGCUGAGGAAUCUGAGGAAACUGUUGACUGCAAAGAUCAUGAGGAAAAUCUUUCAAAGAAGUCUUCGCAUAAAGUGCAAAAAGCAGCUCAUUUAUCAAAGUUGAAGAGAAAGAAUAUGUCAGAUGUCAGGGUCGAAGAUACAAAAUCUUGCAAUGGAGCAGUCAGAGGUUUUAGUGAGAUAUCUGGGGAAGAUGAUACAGAAAGCCGUGGUUUUGCAACCGGUGAUACGGUUCCCCCUCCCCACCUCAGCAAGAGACGGAAAAAAGAUGCUGCGAAGCACAGUCAGGAUAUGUCAAUCCCUACUGGUAAUCCUGAAAGAGUCACGGAAGGAAAAAAGUUUGUGGAAAAGUCUGCGUGCAACAUAUCACAGAACCCCCGUAAAUCAUCACGAUCCUCAAUUCUAAAGAGAAAGCACAUGUUGGGUGAAAAAGUACCCAGUGCUAUUGUAAAGCAAAGCUGUGAUGUUGGAAAUGAAGAGAAGCUUCCCUGCAAUACAUCAGAUAAGCUGCAAAAAGGAGUUUCAAAGAAAUUGAUGCUUAGAAGGAAACAUACAGCAGAUCCUUCUCCCAUUAAGGAUUUGUCAUUGCACGAUGGCAGGCCUAAGCCUAUUGCCUUGAAACCAUUGGAAAAGUUGAGUUCGAAAACAGGCAAAAAAAAGGUGUUAAUGUCAGUUACAAAGUCUGAUGGAUGUGCACGCACAUCUAUUAAUGGUUGGCAUUGGCAUGCAUGGUCAUUAAAGGCUAGUGCUGAAGAGAGAUCCCGUGUUAGGGGAAGUUCUUGCGUACAUAUACAACAUUUUGGUUCCAAAAGUAAUUUGACUCCAAACGUUCUUUCUGCAAGAACUAAUAGGGCAAAAAUGCGUAAUCUUUUAGCUGCUGCAGAUGGGGCUGAUGUCUUGAAAAUGUCUCAGUUGAAGGCUAGAAAAAAACGUUUACGGUUUCAACAAAGUAAGAUUCAUGAUUGGGGUCUUGUUGCACUUGAACCGAUUGAAGCUGAGGACUUUGUGAUCGAAUAUGUUGGAGAGUUGAUACGUUGUUCUAUAUCUGAGAUACGUGAACGUCAAUACGAAAAGAUGGGAAUAGGGAGCAGUUAUCUUUUCAGGCUUGAUGAUGGCUAUGUGGUUGAUGCCACAAAGCGUGGUGGCAUAGCGAGGUUUAUAAACCAUUCAUGUGAGCCGAACUGUUACACCAAGAUUAUAAGCGUAGAGGGUAAGAAAAAGAUAUUCAUUUAUGCUAAGCGGCAUAUAGACGCUGGUGAAGAAAUAAGUUACAACUACAAGUUCCCAUUGGAGGACGACAAAAUCCCCUGUAACUGUGGAGCUCAAAAGUGCCGUGGAUCGCUGAACUAAGAGGGGACAUGGUUCUUAAAGUUGUGUGCUACGCGUCGUUAUGAGAUAUUUGGGAUUAGCCGAAAGAGAAGUAUGAAUCUCCGUUUUGCAACGCAGCAGAUGAGUUCUCCUCUCUUUCAGUUCAAAACUGUCUUCGUUGGUUUUGACAGAAAUAAAGGAACAAUAGAGAGAUAUAAGCUCAUUGCUAUGGCUCAAAGAAUGCAAAGAGGAAUUAUAAAAUAAAAAGAUUAGCAAUCACAAAAUCCCAUUUCCUCAACCAUCAUUGUCUUUGGGUAUUAUGACCCAAAAUUGCUUCAUCAGAAUUUUGUUGGAACUGAUUCAUUAGGAAGCAUCUUGUGAACAACAUCAAAUUGUUUUGCCAUGAAUGAGAUUGUAAUAAGUUUCAAGUGUUCAAAGCCCAUAAUAGCUACGUCAACAACAUUCUACAAGUCUCGUGACAUAAAGAAGAUUUCAUUUGAUAAAAUUUGAAGUUUCUACGUUUGCUAUUUCUUGUUUAAAAGACUAAGCAUGUCUCUUACAUUUGAUGUGCUUCAUCUUGGGAAAUAUGUUAUAUAUCCACUGAUCUCAUUUCUUGUCGUUUGGGAUUCCAUUAAAACUCUCUUUGUACAAACUUUACUUCGAAUUAAUUUGUUAUGUGAAUCGAAAUAAUCAUAUGCUUUAAAAUAAA